AUGUCUCGCAGAUCUCUUGAAUCCCAAAGGCCUAUCAUGGCUCCUAGCGUCAACUCUUCCAAACGCACCUCAAAGCGCUAUUCCACCUACUCAGCCUCUCCAUCCUUCGCAACUACGAACACUGCCAACUCUCUUCCCUCGGCCGAUACUGGUAUGGCUGAAAUCCGUCACUUGACCCAAGGAUUGGAUAGACUUGAAAAUAAACACCUUCAGCAACAACGAUUUGUUCCCACCCAGAAGAAAACAGAUGACCUGUCGAAAUUGAGCCUCGGUGCCAAAAUCGAACGUGCCGUUGGGCGCAGAAUGGCCGAUCAGGACGCAGUUAUGAGAGUCAAGAGACCAAACAUGAUUGCCAAGAAAUCAAUCCCCAUCUCCUCAUUCAUCGACGAGAAAAUGGAGCUCAAGGCAUGA